UUUAUAGUGAAGCUGAUCCGUUGAAAAACUGGUCCCUUCCGCAGUGGUGGAGAGCAGAUGUUACUUAUGCUGCUAUGGUAGUAAAGAUUGUUCUGAGUCAUAUUCAUUUUUACUUUAUGAGACAUCAGCCUUUGACGAGGAAAGAUGUGAAAUUUGGUCUUUUAAGCAGUGACAAUGCUUUCUUAAGUUAUUUUCCAAACCAGUUUACCCAGCGGACUAUGUUGGCUCGUUUUCAAGUUAACAACACAUUACCCAAAUAUGUUGAAUUUGUUAAGAAACCAGUAUACACUGUAUUUGGCCUUUUGAGUAAACUUUGUCCUCUCUUAUUACGUGCAAAAGUUUUUCAGCAAGGUAAAAAGAUUCUGGCAACUCAGAGUAACAUUGGUGUAAUUGCAACAGAAUGCAUAUCUAAAAAGAAAGAAUAUGUUAUUAUCAUUUAUAAUGGUGCUGACAGCGCUCAUUCAAGUGAUCUUGUGGAUGUACAUUUUAUUCUUAACAUUUCAAGAUCAAAUGUAUCUUCAUUUCGAUGGACAGUACUUGAACUAAACAAUGAAGUAACCAACCCUUAUGCUGUUUGGAAAACCUUUGGGAUGCCAGCGUAUCCUACUGCUGAACAGUUUUAUCUCAUGAAAAAGCAAGAGGAUCCACAUAUUAGAGGGCCAUGGAGACUCAGCAGUUUUUCCCCUUGGAAAUUUCAUCUUAAUAUCUUAAAUCCUGGUGUAACAUUAAUAAACAUAUGUGAGUCUGGAAGAAAACUUAAGCGGGUAAAAAAUCUUCGCUAUCUUCAGAUCAGAAACACAACGAUUCAAAUUUCAUGGCAGGAUAUUGGAAACAGAUGCAUACUAACGUACUAUGUGGAAUAUAGUCCCUUUAAACACGGUGCAUAUGUUAAGGUGAACACAGACAAAAUUCUCUUCCCUUCAUAUUAUCAUACUUGUUAUGACAAUGAAACUGAGUGCCGAAUGAAGGGAUUUUACAGAAUAUAUGCUGUAGAUUUCUGGAGUAAACAUGGGCCGUUCUCGGAACCUUUACAUGUUACUUAACUAUUACAAAAAUAAAGAGAAUUUUCAAUAAAAAUAAAAAAUAAUAAAGAAAGUUUCUGAACAAAA